UUCGAAACACAGUCGGAAAGCCUGUGUCGAACCCUAAGACUCGGUGUUGAAACGGAUAUCGGAUUAAAAUCCGUUUUAGCUAAGCACAACUCAGUUGUACCUAAAGUUGAGGAUAAUUAAAGGAUCGUGUUAAAUGUGUCGCGUUAACGUUUUUAACAUUAUAAAAUGUUGCGCACUUAAAACGCCAAGUUGUUAAGCACGCCGCUGAUUUAGCUAGCUGCUAACAUCAAGCAGGUAAACAGCUCAUGAUUUGCUGGAAUUUGUUGACCACAAAACUGCAACAUGGGUCGAAAAAAACCCAGCAAAUGUGUGCGCCACGACAAGGGAAAAGAUAAACGACACAAAAUGAAAGGAAAAUCCCUAGGUGUCUUCACAGAGGAAAUGCACACUGCACUUGAAGCAAGUCUUCACACAGAGGAGGGAACAGAGGCAUCUCAGGUGAAACUUCCUUGUCCGCUUGCCAUGUGGGAUUUGGGUCACUGCGAUCCAAAACGAUGUACCGGCAGGAAGUUGGUCCGCAAGGGCUUUGCACGAAACCUCCGCCUCAACCAGAGAUUCAACGGACUCAUACUGAGUCCGAUGGGCACUAAAUAUGUGACACCAGCAGACAGAGAAAUUGUGGCUCAGAGCGGGUUGGCCGUGAUCGAUUGCUCCUGGGCCAAACUGGAGGAAACUCCCUUCAAUAAGAUGGUCGGAUCUCAUCCCAGGUUGUUACCGUACCUCGUAGCUGCAAAUCCAGUCAACUAUGGCAAGCCUUGCAAGUUGUCUUGUGUUGAGGCUUUUGCUGCAACCUUUUGCAUUGUGGGUUAUGAGGAACUGGCGGUGCUCCUGUUAAAGAAAUUCAAGUGGGGGAUGGUGUUUCUGGAGCUGAAUAAAGUUUUUCUAGAGCGCUACGCUUUGGCCCAGUCAGAAGAAGAGCUGCUUGCGAUGGAGAAGGAGCUUCUGUACGCUCGUCCAGAGGAGGAGGAACUUGACCCGUUUGAUGUCAACUCGGGGGUAGAAUGCAUGAAUCUCAACAGACGUCAUUGUGCACCUGAACACGAUGAUUCUGAGGACACAGACAGCUCAGAAGAUAAUGAAGAUGAAACAGAAGAUAAAAACACUGAAAGUGAUAAUGAGUCAACAGCCUCACUUCAUAAUGAAGGGACCCUGUCAGCAUCAUCACCGUAAAGCACAGUGUGACAGAUCAAAUCAAAGCAGAACACUCGCAUCUGCCAUAUGUCAAACUAUUUCUAAAAUGUCAUGUUUUUUUUAAGAAAAUCCCUUUCUGUUCUGUUCCACACACCUUCAUGAAACUGUAUUAACAGGUCAGGCAACUGACAAAAGUUGCAUUAUGUAGAAUUCCCCAACUCCAGCCAUGGAACCAUAUAUAACACCUUAAGAUCAAUCUUGGAGGUUUCCCUCACCUGUCUGCUCGCAUAGUUACUGUAUUUUUGAGAACUGCCAAUUACAAAAAUAUUUGCUGUACAGCAUCAUAUGGUUUGUAUUUCUUAAUGAGUGAUGUAAAUAAAGUUUGACAUAUCUA